CUCAACAUGGCGGCGGUCUGCACACCUGGCGGCGGGGGGCCGCUGCUCAGCGAGUCGGUGCCUAAGGAGGUACCUACGGGCCUCGGCAUGUGCAACGGGGGCCCAAACAAGGCAGGAGAGCCGGGCCUCGAACUGGUGCUGGUGACAGGGCCUGUAGGCUGUUUACUAUCGCCCGCUUCCUCGAAUCGGGCCGCCGAGGAGCAGGACUCCGGCGAACCCACUGUCCAAGUCAUGAUAGACGGAAUCGCAGCAGACGGGGACGCAGGGCCCAGGAGAGGCUGUCCGCCGAACGAACAGGAAAGCAACGGUCCCCAGCAGUUCUACACCAUGCUUCCUGACUUUACCUCAAUCGAAAUCCCCAUUGAAGAUGAUGAGGGGAGGGUCUCAUUACUAAAGGAUGAAUUUUGCAAAAUUGUGGUGUCCAGCUCAGGGCAUGUGGCAGAGAAAAAUGAUCUACAGGGUAUCACAAAGAAGAAGAGACUGCAGUGUAAAGAAUGUGGAAAAAAAUUCAUUGACAUAGAGUCUUAUGAACUACACCGACACUUCCAUGUUCAUGGGAAUAUGGACACUUCUCUAAGUUGCCAGGAUUGUGGCCUCAGCUUUGAACACAGGAGUAGUUUGAUUAAACACAAACGUGAGCACCAGGUUGCCAGUGUUAAUGAUAUACGGCAGAGAUGCAAAACCUGUGGCCGGACUUUCCCAAGCAUGGAGAAACUCAAGAGUCAUUUAUGCAUGCAUUCCUUAGAGAAGCCUUACCGCUGUCCACUGUGCAGAAAAGAGUUCAAGUUCAGAAUUUCUGUUAGCACUCACAUGCGGACACACUCCAUAGAAAAUCUGUUUCAGUGCAAAGAAUGUGGUAAGGGCUUUACUUGCAGUGUUGAUCUUCAUACUCAUCAGCGCUCUCAUGUUGUAAAGCCAUAUGAGUGCCCAGAUUGUGGCAUGUCUUUUCGGCACAGAUCUGUAAUGGAGGCUCACCGCAGAAAGCACACUGACGAGCGGCCGUAUCAAUGUAAAUUGUGCAAAAAAAAGUUUAAAUAUGCAAGCUACCUGCAUCAACAUCAGUUCCUGCAUACAGGCAAGAAGCCCUUUAACUGCCCUGACUGUGGAAAAUCUUUUGCCUUUUCACAGAAUAUGAAGGCACACUGGAAUAUGCACAAAGAGGAGGAGUUCAGAUGUCCACACUGCAGAAGAAGUUACAGUGAUCAUGAGAAGCUACAGGAACACCUCAAAUGGCAUGUUGAGGCCAUUGCCAAUAUAGACAACAUAGCAUCUCCACGAGGAACAAACAGGGAUCGUAAGCUUUUUGAGUGCCCAGAAUGUGGAAAGGGAUUUCGUCAUAAGUCGGUUAUGGAGGGACACAGGCGCAAACAUACAGGAGAGAGGCCUUUUCAGUGCAGCCUGUGUGGCAAGAGGUUUAAAUACAGCAGCUACCUGCAUCAGCACUUGAUCCUGCACACAGGCAAAAAACCAUUUAAGUGCCCUGACUGUGGGAAAGCAUUUGCUUUUUCUCAGAACAUGAAAUCGCACUGGAAGUUACACCUGGAAAAGCCUUUCCGAUGCCCCCAGUGUCGGAAGGGCUACAGUGAAGAAAGUAAGCUGCAAGAGCAUAUGGCCAGCCAUGCAGGAGAAAAACCUCACAAAUGUACAUUGUGUGACAAAAGUUUCGGCCUAGCUUACCAACUGAGGGACCAUCAGAACACACAUACUGGGGAGCGGCCCUAUAGGUGCCUGGAAUGUCAUAAAGGCUUCCCAUGGCUUGGUAGCCUACUGGUUCAUCAAAAAAUUCAUGUACGAAAACGUCAAAACAUGGUAUUACAAAAGGAUGGAAAACUCAUUCGAUCCAAUGGCAACGACCAAAGUAAUGAAACUGAGGUGUUCUGGAGUGAAGAUGAAGAAGAGGAAGAGGAGGAAGAGGAAGACGAAGAUGCAGUAGCAGCCAGGGUCCAACCAUCCUGGAUAGAAACUCAGACUUCUGAGCCUGCUCAAGAAAAAGAAGAGCAACUUGCAUCUCAACCAAGAAAUAUUGAAAUGCUCUCUCAAAGACCAGUAAUACAGCCAAGCUGGACUCAAGAACGAGAACAAAGAAACAUGCAACCUGGUCAGGAAAAUUUGGUAGCACACCAAAAUAUUCAGGAAGGGGCAAUAAAAAGCCCAAUUAUCCCUGAAAGAACAUCAGGUCUCCAGAACAUUCAGGAGAGGGCCAUUAUUCUCCCAAAUAUUCAGGACAGCACCUUGUUACAACAAAACAUUCAAGAAAUAGCAGCUUUACAUCAUAAUGUUCAGGAGAGGACAAUGAUGCAUCAAAACAUAAAAGAAAGAACCAUAAUGCACCAAAAUGUUCAAGAAAGAAACUUAAUCAAGCAGAGUAUUCAGGAAAGGGCAAUGAUGCAACAGAGUAUUCAGGACAGAGUCAUGCUACACCACAGCCUGCAAGACAGAGCUAUGAUGCACCAGAAUUUACAAAGCAAUGUGAAUGUGAUAAUGAACCAGAACAUUCAUGAAAGACCAUUGUUGCACCAUAACUUUGUUGAGAGGUCAAUAAUGCACCAAGGUUUCCUAGACAGGCCAGUGGUGCAUCAGAAUAUUCAAGAGAGACCUUUAAUUAAUCUAAACAUGCAUGAAAGACCCUUAAUGCAGCAAAGCAUUCAAGAGAGGGCACUAAUGAACCAAAAUAGUCAGCAGAGGGCUAUGAUGCACCAAAAUAUCCAGGACAGGGUCAUGCCACAACAAGAUGUACAUGAGAGGAACAUGAUACACCAAAAUGCCCAAGAGAGAGCCAUCAUGCAUCAUGGUGAAAGAGCUGUGCUGCACCAGAAUGUUCAUGAGAAAGUGACAGUGAAUCAGAAUGUCCAGGAAAUGACCAUGAUGAACCAGAAUGCUUUAGAGCGGGCUGUGAUGCACCAGAAUGCAUCAGAAAGGGCCAUGAUUCAUCAGAACUCCUUGGAGAGGACCAUGCUGCAUCAGAAUGCCUCAGGGAUGGCCAUGAUGCAUCAAAAUGCCUUGGAGAGGGCUGUGAUGAACCAGAAUGCCUCGGACAGGGGUGGAAUGCACCAAAAUGCCUCAGAGAGGGGUGGGCUGCAUCAGAAUGCGUCAGAAAGGGGUAGUAUACCCAAGAAUGUCUCGGACAGGGGUGGGAUGCAGCAGAAUACCCUGGAAAGAGUUGUGAUGCACCAGAGUCCAUCAGAGAGAGCCAUGAUCCACCAGAACACCUCGGGAAGGGCCAUGAUGCACCCAAAUUCCACAGAGAGGUCUAUAAUGCAGCAGAAUGUGUCAGAGAGGGCCCUGAUGUACCAGAAUGCCCCAGAAAGGUCUAUGAUGCACCAAACUGCCUCUGAGAGAGUUAUGCGGCACCAGACUGCCUCAGAUAGGGCCUUGAUGCACCAGACUGCUACUGAGAGGGUCCUGAUGCACCCAGCUGCCGCUGAGAGGGCCUUGAUGCACCAGACUGCCGCAGAGAGGGCCCUGAUGCACCACAAUGUCUCUGAAAGGGCGAUAAUGCAGCAGAAUGCCACAGAAAGGGCCAUGAUGCAUCACAAUGUCCCUGAGAUGUCCAUGAUACACCAGAAUGUUCCAGAGAGGGCACGGAUGCACCAUAACAUUCCAGAGAGAGCUUUGCUACACCACAAUGUUCCUGAAAGAGCAAUGGUACGUCAAAAUGUUUCUGACAGAUUAAUGAUGCAUCAGUCUAUAUCUGAGAGAGCUUUGAUGCACCAAAGUCUCCAAGAAAGGGCCAUAAUGCAUCAAAGUAUCCAGGAAAGAGCAAUGAUACACAAAAAUCUUCAGGAGCGGGCUUUGAUGCACCAUAACCUUCAAGAGAGGGCCCUAAUGCAACAGGCUAUUCAGGACAGGACCAUGACACACCAAAAGGCCCAGGAGCGAGCCAUUGCUCACCAAAACUUUCUUGAAAGACCAGUGAUGCACCAGAGCAUUCAGGAGAUUACUUUGAUGCACCACAAUAUCCAAGAGAGAGCAAUGAUGCACCACAGCAUACAGGAACGGAGCAUGAUACAACAGAAUAUUCAAGAGAGGGCUCUCAUGCACCACAACAUUCAUGAAAGGGCCCGGAUGCACCAGACUGCUCAAGAAAGGGCCAUGUUCCACCAAAAUAUCCUUGAAGGACCUCUGAUGCACCAGAAUAUACAUGAAAGGACUUUGUUACAACAGGGUAUGCAGGAGAUGCACACAAUGUCCCAUAAUAUACAAGAGAGGCCUGGGAGACAUAAGAAUUCCUUAGAACGGCCUAUACAUCAGGAUAGUCAGGACAGGCCAAUACUGUAUAGGAAUUUUCAAGAAAGAGCAGCAAUACAGAGUAACAUUCAAGAAAGAUCUAUACUUCAACCAAAAAGAUCUUUUUCUCAUGCUCAUGAAAGACCGCUGUUUUUUGAGACUAUUCAAGACAGGCCAGAAUUUGUUCAGGACAGACUGAUAGUUACUGAAAAUAUGCAAGACAGGUUUAUAUUUACUGAGAACAUUCAAGAAAGACCCUCCAAUUCUGAGAAUGUUCAGGAAGUGCAUCGUUCACCUGAAGAAAUUCAAGGCAGGGUAUCAAAUCGUAUCACACAGGAACAUGCUGUAUCUCCAGAAAAUAUUCCUGAAACAUUAGUAAUUUCAGAGGACAUACAGCAAAGAUCUGUUGAUCACAGAAUAGUUCAAGAAAAUUCUUUGGAUUCAAAUGAUAUUCAGGAAAGAUCACUGAAACCCAUGUCUCUUCGGGAAAAUUCUGAGGAUUCAGUAGACUUUCAUGAAUGUUUAGUGGAUCCUGAUGAUUUUCAAGAAAACUCAAUCGAUGGUGAUAACUUUCAAGACAAUUCUAAAGAUUCUGAAGAUUUUUCUGUUGACUCUGACAGUAUUCACCAAAUCUCAGUUGAACUUGAGAACAUUCAAGAAACAACCGUGAGUUCUGGGGACCUUACAAACAGUUCGUUGGCUUCUGAAGAGGGGCGGGAAAGGACCAUUUUUCAGGGGAAUGUUCAAGUGGACUCUGUGGCUCACAUGAAUAUUCAGCAAACUUGUGUGGGUAGCACAAGUGAUCAAAAUACUGCCAUGCAACAAACUGCUCAGGAAAUAUCAGUCAUACAACAAAAUCUACCGAAAGAAAUGAUUACCCCUCAUAAGGAUAUAGACACUGGGCAGGAAACACAAACAUCAAAAGUGAAUGGAAACAAUAUACCACAGCAAUCACAGGACGAGAAACUUCAGUGCUUUGAGUGUGGCCAGUGUUUUACUCAGGAGACAGACCUUCAUGAACACUACAUGGAACAUGCCAGGGGUGACCUUUAGUUGUAAGGGUUACCUUGUUCUGAUCCAGUACACCCAAAGUCAUCCUCCCACUCUUAGAGCACACUGGCAAUGGAGAUAAGUUGCAACAGCUGAAUUCUCAUUCUUACAUUGUUGGUGGAUCAUAGUUUUAAUUCAAUUUACAUCACCUUGGCAGGUACACACAAACAUAGGUUAUUUGCCAAAAAGGCUUUACUGUUGGUUUCUCUAAUAGGUUUCUUACAUAAAAAAGGAAAUAUUGUUAUGUAUAUAAUUACUGACUUUUGUGGUUAUUUGGCAUCAGGUCUCCCUUGGAAAUUCCCAUAGAGUUAACUGGCUAGUUUCUGCAGUCUCAACUGACAUAAAACUUGUUUAUAUUCACCAGCAGAUGUUGAGGCUUUAAAAAUUAUUUUUCAUUUGUGUUUAGUAGGUUUUAAGCUGCUAUUUAAUUAUACGCCUAUUUAAUUAACAUUUGCCCUUUUAAAUGGAUUUCUAGGUAACCUUGGUAAACUGUGAUAAGGACAGCUCUGCUUUGACAGCCAAAGCCCAAUAUACCUUAAUAACUUGAAGUAAAAGCAGGCUGUUUAAUGUGACUAUAAAGUGGUAAUACGUAGCCAGAAGAAGCAAUGUGUAAUAUACCAGCUGGGGUGUCCUGUGAGAGUACAGUAGUUCGUUCUAAAUUAGUCCUUCAAGUAAUUUCCUUUGAAUUCUAACUGUAAAUCAGAGUCUGUUGACUCUUAUUAAUAUGAAUUUUGUAAAACACAAAUUUGGUUACAUUUCUACUAAUCUUUAUUUUAGUCUGUAUUUAUUUUUGAUGGUGUGGAUGAUUGCAAUGAUGCCUUUUUGUUGGGAAUAGCAGUUAACACACAUAAGUGAUGCCAAGACAUUUGACUCAAGUAGGAGGUAAUGUUUGUGUUUUAAUAGUGCUAAAAGACAUCUUAAAUAUAACCAGACUUACUUUUGAUUUAACAAAUCUAUGUCAUGAUUCUUUCCUACUUACGAGUCAUGUCCCAAUUACUGUAGUAAUGCUGACUGGACUGUAACAUGGGAAAAUUUACCUCUGUGACCCUUGGUUGGUUUAAAGGAACAUUUCACCCAAAAAUGAUCCUUACCCUGUGUUGUUUGUAGUGAUGAGAAAAAAAUGUGUAAUCUUGUGUUUUCAUGGAAAAGGUAGAUAGCAAGCUGAUGAACAACAGUGGGCCCACAGAGUGCCACUUAGAGAACAAAAGCAAAUGAUACUUAAACAGCCAUUGAGUCACAUAAUUCACAUGUCAGUUAUUUAGUCGUCCACUCACAACAUCCAAAACACAUGCUAAAAUAUUGUUAAAUAUGUAUGAACAGGAAGUGUGUGCAAAUCAAAUGGAGAUUUAAACAGAACCCCACUGAGGUCCAUUGUGUCAUAAACUUGGAUAUCUCUGUUCUGCACAAAUAUAUGAGAUUAAACAUUUUUCCCGGCCAUCACUGCAAGCAACACAGGGUAAGCAACAAAAAAAAUGGCCUUUUUUGGGUGGAGAAUUCCUUUAAGUGGGUUUCAGGAUGGAUAGAUUUAUAGAGAUGAUGUUUUUAUUGCUAAUGUUUUACAGUAUUAUUCCUUUGAAUAUUAUAUAUUAAUUAUAUAGUGAAUCUGACAUGAUGUCACAAUCAUAAAGUAGUUGUAGCCUUCUAAAUUAAAAACAAAAACUUGCAGUCCAUUGGCUACUACCUCAGUAAAGCAGGACUGCUAUAUAGUGCCAGCCCUACCUACUGCCAACUGAAACUGUGGCCUGCUGAUGCUUUCAGUUGAAUUCUUCAUUUGACCUUUUCCAGUAUUUGCCUAUUGUAUCUCUACUUGCGGUUGCUACAUUAUUUUUUUAAGUUUAUUAACCAAUAUAAUGUGUUCUCCCUCUUACAUAUAGACAUGGAAUUAACAGGGAUUAGUGUGAUUUGGUCAGGUGAAAAGCCAAGAAUGGUUUAUUAAUUUCACGUCCACCUUAUGUAAGAAUGUUGACAAAAAUGGCAGAAAAUGAGGACAGAGUUUGAUGAUUUUGAAAACUGCCACACGAGUAGAAUUUAUCUCUUACUUAGGAAUAUCCACUCACUUACAGAAUAAGCCUACUGUGUUGCACAAAUAAACAGCAGAAGCAUGUUUGGUUUCUGUUUUUUUCUUUGUUUUUAAUUUAAUCCUUGCUGAAGUUCAGCAUUUCACCUUAUCGUUGCUGUUUGCAGUGUUUUGAUAAAACUGAAAUAUUUUCAGUUGUCUCAUAAGCUUAGUGGUGCAUAUGGAACUUUAUAAAUAUAUAAAACAUAAAAUAAAUCCUUUUUACUUUUCAUUUUGGAGCAUGCCACAAAUAAUUUUCCUUGGGAAAACCACAGAUUCCUCUACUUUGUUCACACUUUUUUUAAAAGUGGGUUGUGAUCCUUUUAUUUAUGCCCAGUGCAAUUUUGAAUUUAAUUAAAGCCUGUAAUGGAACAUCCAUUACAGGUAUCACAAUCAUCUCAAUAACAACAUUUUGCAUAUUUGUAAAAUUAUUAAUGUUGUGUCAUUACCAGGUAAUAGUGGACUUAAAUUUCAUAAGUGCUUAACUUUCUAAUUUAUGAUCUUUUGUAGUGUCCACAGCUCAAAAAUUCAUUAGGACAGUCAACAGCCAUUUACUGUUUAUCACAACCAAUGGUGUUUUCAUGGUGCCCCACUGAUUCUUUGGAGAUCUUAUUAGAUUGCUAGUAACUUUUUACUUUCUCAUAUACAAAAUCGUCCAAAGAUUCGAUGUCGAGAUUUUGAUUAAUUUCGACGUUUUAGACCUCCCUGACUUUCCCUAUACUUCGUAUACGAGAAAGUAUUAGAAUCCUCCAAAAAUUCUAUUUCGAGAUUUUGAUGAAUCUUGACGUUUUAGACCUCCCUGACUCCGAAAAUACCAUUUUUGGAAUUAUGUCUAUAUGUCUUUCUGUGUGUGUGUAUGUAAACAUCAUAACUUGAGUACACUUUCACUUAGGUCAACCAAAUUUUGCAUACAAGUAUUAGGUACAAAGCAGAUUUCUAUCAACUUUUGUGCUAUUUCCGCUAACCAGAAGUGGUACUUUACCUUUUAUUCAUGCAGCUGCAGAGUCCGAUGUAUUCAACUUUACUUUUAUAAUAAUUGUUCAAUAUAUUAUUAAUUUGAUUUGAUUUGGUGAUGAUGGUUCUUUAAUGUACAUAAUAUAAUAAUAUAAUCAAUGUCUUGCGGUUUACUCCUUAAAUAUCCUUCCUCAUAUCUGAGUAUGCGAGAAAGUUGAGGGGAGACCACUUCCAAUUUCUUUUUUGAAGAUUUUGAUCUUCUUUAUAUUGGGGACUGCUGUUACAAUAAAUGAAAACAUGAAAGGGUUCAUAAAUUAAAAUGCAAUAAUACGCAACUAAAGCAAUGAGAUGAAAAUAUUUUCUUAUUUAACAUUGGAUUAUUUGUCUUUUGAAAAGAAAUAGUGUUCAGAUUGUGUGAUCUUAUUUGAGUAAAACACAACCUGAAACUGUAAGGUUUCAUUUGCUCAGUAUUUUACUUUACUAAUUAUAGCAGAAAUAUCUGGUGUUUCAUGUAUACAGUUAAAAACCUAAUAUUCCUGUUAAUUGUAUAGAUGUAACAACUCUGCUGAAGGCUUUAAGCGCUUUCUGAUACAAUGCACAUGUAGUCAUUUUCCUCCAAGUCUGCAUUGCCCUGCCCACAAUUUUGCUGCAUUUAGUAAAAACAAAAGUUGAAAUCAGUGUUUUUAAUACUUUGAGUUAGUCUUUUUCCCAUGAGAUACAGUACAUACCGUAACUUAAAAAAAUUAGGUUCUUUAGAUUCUGAAUAUUAGCAAUACAAGAAUCUAAAUGGUUUAAACUAAAAUGCAGUGUAAGAGAAGAGGGGAAAAUAAAAUCCAUUUUGUCACAGAUUUCAGAGAAAAUGAAGCUCCGUGUUUAAGGAAAAAUCAGUUUGAAGUCCCUAAGCUAGUGCGCUGUCUUAUUUAUCCAAAUUUCAGGUCUGAGUAAUUUAUAAUCUACUAGGGGAGUUUCAGAUAUCCAUUCACUUUAAUAGAAAUAAAAAAAGAUAAACCCGAUUUUUUUCCCCCAGAAGCCUUAUUCAUUCUCUACUUCUCCACACAAUCACCACCAUAAUCAAUGCACUUUUGCGAUCUGCGGCUCCAUUUUCAAAACACCCCCCAAAAAUCAUCUUUUUUCAGCUUUAUCAGCUGUUCAUUCACUGGCUUGAUCAUGUCUUCUCCAUUCUCAUUGCAUUUUCCAUGCAUGUUUACCUUGAUUUUGGGAAAGAGUCAAAAAUUACAAGGGGCCAAGUCAGGCAGGUAGGGUGGGACAUUGAAAAGGUUGACCCCAGAACCACCAAUGUAAACGAUGGCCCUGGUGGUUCAAUGUACAGCAGCGGUGUGACAGUGAAGAAACCAGUCACUCAGCUUGCACUUUGGGGCAACCUCUCUUGAGACUUUGGAAAAGUUCAGCCAAACACUUCUGUGUGCAGACAUCUGAAACUGGACAAACCACUUCUGGACAGUUCUCUGAGUUGGUACUUGGUUGCCAAAAUGACCUUCCAACUUCUUGAAGCAGCCGAUAAACCAUGAUGAGAAUGUGGUAGAGUAUGAGGACUCAUUUGUUCUUAUUGGAGAAAUUCACUCGCAGGCACGCACCACAUUCACUUCUGCCUUUAUUUCUUGACAGAAAGUUUUUGUAAAUAAUUGAAUAAGAUUCCUUGAAAAAAAAUCAACCACUGGGGACAAAUUGAAAAGUCCAUAUGAACGAAAUUUUGGAACUCUACUUGUACAAUAUGUCUAGCUUGAUAAAAAAUACAAUAACUUAUAAGUUAAACCAUGCAUCUGUAAGUUGAGGCCUUAUUGCUUUUUUUUACUCUGAUGGUAUUUAAACACUGUUUUGUUGGAGUAUAUUACUUAAUUAUUAAAUUAUUAAAACCACUACAUCAGUUGAAAACUAUAAUAGAAAAUCUUGUGAAAACACGUGGAUUUUUUAGAAAAACUAAAAUAUAUAUAUAUAGUAUAUAAAACAAAAGCAAAUGUCUUUGAAACUGCAGGGUAUGCCUGUCUUCUGUUCUCCUUCUUAGAAACCAAAGUAAUGAAGUCCAAAUUUUGUGUCUACUGGUAGACGCAGUGUUCUGCUUACUUACAGGAAAUUAAGAUUUAACAGUAAUUCUUUUAUGCACUUUCUAAACUAGUUGUUUUUUUAGUUGGUCCCACUAAGAUAAAGAAUUAAAAAACAAAAAUCAUGUUCUGCCAAUAAGAACACCAUGCUUAAAUAUUGAAAAUAUGACAAAAAUAGAACUUGGGUCAAUAGGGUUAAAAUAUGACUGUCAGGUUACAUCAGUGGUUCUCAAACUAUUUUUUAUCUGUUGCUCUCUGUGAAAUGUGGACUUUUUCUUUAUUUAAAACUACCCUGUUGAAGCCCUCCCUGCUUGGAGUUUUUCAGAGUGGGGGUCAUUAAUUCCAUAAUGUUAGCAACCUAUUAAAGUAAACGUAAAUCCCAAAACCACUUCUGGAAAUGCCAGUGUCAGGGCAGAUUUCCCAUCAAACCCCGGCCAGAUAGAAGGGCAAAUGCAGGAUCUUUACAUAAUAAAGAGUUUAUUCUCACAAAAUGCUGCAUUGCACUGUGAAGCCUCAAAGAGCCCCAAAAAGCAUAAAGAGGUUCCCAGCACCAUAAAGCAAUCCAAGCAAACAAAGUUCCAACACAGAAUCCAAGGCGUAGUCAAAAAACAGAGCACAGUUUUAAAUUAUCCAAAAAAUCAUAAGCAUAAGAAAAUGACUAACUCAUCAAACACUCCUAAGCAAAUAUGAAAAGGACUGCCAGGAACUUUGGAAGACCCUCUGGAUUUAUGGGGCUGAGGGCAGUCCCUGGCAGUGAUUGUCAGGUGGCACCACCUCUUGGGGGACCGACCACCCACAAAACACAUGCAACAUAGCAAAAGGUAGCUUACAUACCUAGACAAAAUCAAAACUAAAAAUUGAUGCUCAUAAUCAACACAGAUAAAAGAAUCAAGAAUGAACAAAAGAGACAUAAAACACAACAUUGAAGCCCAGCCAGGGAAGGAACCUGGCCAAAAUAUAACACCACCUGUAGUGUUUUGAGAACCACUGGAUUACAUAAUGAGCAGCACAUGUGUGCAGAUUAGCACAUUUUUGUCCCAACUUUUUCAAAAAAAAAAAAAAAAAAGAAGAUAACUGAAUUGCCAUCUAUGAGUUGCCAGGGAGUGCCGGAGGAGCUUCAAGGGAACGUUGUAGAAAUGUCUGUUGGAUAGUGAGGUUAUGGAUGGUGAGGUUAACUUUCAGCAGAGCCAGAGAGAACAUUAUUGGAAAUGUGCUCAUAUCAGCUGGCAUUAUUUGAAACAAUGGUUAUCCUUUAAUGGCUAAGUGGAGCCUCAUCUUCCUUUCCUUAUUUUCAUUUUCCAUUCUUUGUGUAAACUGCUACGUGAUAGUGCUUACCAGAAAAUGUUCUGAAUUAAAUAUUUAUUUUACUUGAUUUUGCAGCAGCGAUCAUAAGGAGCAAAAUCUCCUUGUGAGGGAACGUGAAUUACAAUACUGAAUGUGUUUGGUUACGGUGAUGCACUGCACAAAUAUGGCCGAUUGUGUGCUUGCUGCAAAGACUCCUGGGGUGCCUUCAUUGCUCCUGAGCAGGAGUUCAGCUGGCCAGUCAGGAGCGGAUGUCUUAGCUGCUGUACACUCCCUACCACGAGCUUUGCUAUGCACAUGCACGCUGUUUUUGUUUGGUGCUAGAUUACAAUGUAAUUUUGCCUAAAUUGUUUGGAUGAAGUUUACAAAUCAUAGGUAUGCAUUUUUAAAACAUAUGUAUGUAAAAAUUACUCUGAACUUGCAAAAUUAAGGGAACACGGUAAACUUACAAAAUAGCAAUACAUUUUGUCUGAGGCCUGCCGUCAAAAUACCAUUUGUGGACAACGAUUUAAUCUAAACUUGAAUAUGACUUUAUUGCUUUUAUACAGAUAAACUGUACAUACUGUAUAGAGGAUGGUUACUGUCUGCAGGAUGGUGGUUAGCACUGCCACUCUACAGCUCUGUUAAAGCUGGGUUCAGGUCCUGACCUGGUCCUUGUCUGUGUAGAGAUUGUACCUCUUGUCCCUGUCCGUGUGGGGUUUCUCUUUGAACUCUUAAUUUCUGUCCACUGUAGUGGAUAACAUGUCACUUUACAUCUCAAAUUUCCAGUCUGGGCAUUACCUACCUAUGUGGAGUCUGGUUGUCCUCUUGCAUGCUAGUUAGGGUAGUUGGUUUCUCCAAACUGGCCUGGUAUAAGCGAGUCUAUUGAGUGACCAGCUCAUGUUCUGCACAGGGCUGGUUCCUGUUUGCAACUCUGGCACUUAAGAACCUAAAAAAGUGGAAAAAGGGGUUUUAAAACACAGGUGGGAAGAAUGUAAAGAAAGCCUCACAUAAAUCAGCAAUUUAAAACCAAGACAGACUAGCCAGUUCAUCAUCUAGGGAACAGAUAUGCAUUCUGUAAUCAGAUAUUUUUCAACACUUAAUGCAUGAAGGUGAUGACAAGAAAAAAGAAUGGGAGGCCACAAGAUGCCUUGGAACAGGACAAUGUACACUUAAUCAAGUGUGAUUAAAAACACUGGUUAUUAGAGAAUUUAACACUGCGUAAGCAAGCAAAUAACAAGGAUAUCAAUAUAAGAGUGAUGUCAGUUGUACUCUGUACUUUCACUUUGAAGUACAACUCCUUGUUAUCCAUGCAGUGCUUUGUCCGCAGCUGUGUGUGUGAGACUCUGUAAAUGGAGCGGUAGGAAAUGUAGGACUUUCCACUCAAGCUUCAUAAAAGCACCACAGCACUUUCAAGGCACUAUACUUUGAAUCAUAAAGAGAAAAAAAACACUUGUCUCUGCUCUGCUCCUGCCUUACCAUGUUUCAAAAGGCAGGCGUAUGCACUUACAAGUAAAGAAGACCACCUAAUCUGUUGACAAAGAUCCAGUAUGUGCCUAGCAAAUAUGACGCAAGGAGGCCAUAUAUUUUCACUCCAUGGCUAUUCCCUCUAAAUAUCCAAGAUUUCCUUUGGAAACUGAAGUACACUCAAUAUAUUCACUAAUGCGAGAAAAAACUGAAAAGAAAUGGAUUUAGUAAUGACUUAAUUUUGGUCAGCAAGGGGAACAAAGCUAAAACACGAUAACAGACACGGAAUUGUCUAGCCAAAGGAACUUAUAAAGGGUCAAACUGCCCGAUAGCCUACUUACUGUAGCUCCUCAGAUGAGGUCGGCUUUAUGUGUUCUUUUUUUCCCUUCAAUGAAUGCACUUAUGGCUUUGUCUCCUGAUUUCUUUUUUUAAAGGAUGUGUCGUGAGGAGAAUGUUCUGUUGGUCCUUGUCCAGUUCAAACAGGGAGAUAAAAAAAAUGCAGCGAGGGAAGUGUCGGAAAUCCCUUUUAUAAUAAAUUGUCUGUUUCCUCCACCCAGUCAUUUUGAUUUGAAACUUGUACAUUCAAUGCUGCAAAUCUUAUGGAGGAUAGUAAAGUGUAACUGAUGGCUGAUGUUUUCUACAUCGGCAUGGACUGAUACCUGCUGUAGACCACUUGUGUCUGUUUUCUGUAUUAUUGACAGUGAUUAUGGCCUGUCAGAUUAAACACUGUACUACUAACAGCACUUUUGAGGGUUCAGUAAUCAGCUGUUCCCUACAUCUGAAGGAUGGAAUUUCUUGCAUAUGAUGAUGUGGUGUUGCUCUGGCCGUGCUGGUAAAAGAGGAACUGUGGCACAUCUUGUGUCUGCUUUCACCCUGAACUGUGAAGCUGGCCAAGGUGGGGCCUGCAUUGUUUAGCUACACCUCAGUGACAUCUCUUGCCUCUGUGCCAAACCGCUCCAAACAAAAACAUUACUGCAGAUGCCUUUAAAAACAUAACUUCAUGCACUGCAUACCACACAAUGUUUUGGUUUUUUUGGACUUGUUUAUGCUAUAGUGGAACAAAAUGUUCAGUGUGAGCAGAAUGACCUUAUCAAUAACACUACACUUUUUGAGGGAGGAAAAUCUCAUGUUCAAAACAUCUGUCACACUACUUUCCAGCCUGGUUGUACACAAAAAUAAAAAAGGCAACCACGAUUAGCCAGUCAGCUACAUUAUACUUGAAAAUAGAUAGUGGGAAAGUGGAACCAGUGUGUUCCACCAGACAAAUGUCUUGGGAAUCCAAACAGAAAAUUAUGCAUGGCUGCUGGCCGCCUGGAUGGCUGCAGAGUUUUCUUUGUCCUUCAGUAUCGCCGACAUGUGAUAUUCCUGCAGGUUUGCCACAUCCCACCUACUGAGAAACCCAGCACAGCACAGCUUAUGUCUCUUUGCCGACAGGUGCUACCAGACCCCAGAUGUUGAACAUCUGCAGUUAGCAGUGGAAAAAAAAAAGCAUCUGUUACAGACCUGCCAAAGCUUUUCUAAUGUCCCUUUGUUUUUUUGUCUCGGUUUCCCUUUAGAUGUUGCCUUUAGAGUUACACAAAAAACUCUUAUCUAUCUAACAUUCCUAAAUAAUGCUCUUUUUUAUUUAUACACCCCCUGUCCUCCCCCCCUUUUUUUCCUCAGAUAUUUUCUGAGAAUGUUGUAGCUGCCUGUCCAAGAUGGGGUUGUGAUAGAAUUUGUAACGGGACCUCGCUGAAAGAGGGUCUUUCUGUGUUGUGCUGUUCAGUGUUGUCUUAAGCUGGAACGAAUGCCUGUAUGAAAUAGAACAACUGUUUUACUGUAUGUAUAAUAUAUAACUCAAUAAACUUGUAUAUGCCUCACUUUUAA